AUGCAUAUGAUAACAUCUACUGUACACUUCUUGCUCAAAGUGCAGUUCAUGGGGCCAUGGCAGGGUUUUCUGGUUUUUACAGUUGGACCUUUCAAUAGCAAACAUGCAUAUAUUCCAAUACAGUGUGUUAGCGAGGCUACAAAUGUUGUUAAGUUCACAGAUAGGAUGUGGGCUACACUUUUGGCUUCUACUAAUCAACCUACAAAUGGUCUGGAACCUUCAAGAAACUGUUUCAAAGUUGGAUUUAAUACUAAUGCUGGCCAGAAUAUGAUUGACGGGUUGGGGAUUACUGGGUAUGAAGGCACCUUCUUGAAGGUUUGUGAGAUUACACUUUCAGUACUAAGGGAACACAGAGAAACAUUGAUGAGUUUUCUCCAGACUUUCGUCCAUGGUCCUCUUGUGGAGUGGACAAAAAUUCAUAAGUCUAGUGGAGUAGAAUUUCAGAACCCUCAUGCACAGAGUUCUGGGAAGACAUUAUUAGCCAUAACUAUUGCAAAAACUGGUGAAGAACAUGAAGAUGUUUUGGCACACAUGUAG